CUACUGUUGCCUAAUCCAAAAGAGGAAAGAAACUGGGAUCCACCUGAGUUCAAUGGGGGUCUGCAGAAACGGGACCACCUACACAAAAACAUCUGAUUUUCCAAAGAAUUCAUCAAAUCCCAAGUUGGAUAUGCAGCAAUAAUUAAUCAUCAUGAUAAGUGAUUAACUAAUUAUCACAUUAAUUAAAGAUUAAUGAUGAAUCCAUUUCAUAUCAUCAGACAGACAGACCUGAUAGUAAAACUGUAAUUGUUCAAGUAUAUUAAUUAUUGAUUCAACCAAAAGGAGCGUUUGUUAGCUUUCAAACAAAACGAUGAUUCCACGUCACCUUUCCGGCAAACCCUUCAAAAUCCGUCCCACAUUUCUUCCCCUAAAUCAAAAUGUCCCUAGUUGAACUUGAACAACUUAAUUACCCCUAAACAUAUUACUACCACUUAUGUAAAACUACUUUUCAAGUUAUACCCCUAAAGAUUACUCCCGGCUCUUGGACGGAGUUUCUCCUUGCUCCUCCGCCGGAGAAGGGUGCUGCAGCAACAAGGCGGUGUACGGCAUGUGAUGAAAGCCAUUCAUACCCAUUUCCAGCCCCGUUUGUGGCGGUUGCGGGCCGAGGUCCAACCGACAAUUAGGGGGCGGCAUAGGAUCAUAGAAGCUUCCAUGAGGCAAGUGCACCAAGGGCACAACCAUAGUCGACGGUUGGAUCAUGCUCCCGGCGAAAUUCGACGGGUGGCGGUUCACCGGCAGAGAUCCCGAGGUGGUGACGGCGGUCUUGGGGAGGGUUCCGGUCCCUGUGGCGGCAAUGAUGGCCGGCUCGGAAUGGCGGAGGAGCCACUCGAUGGUCUCCCCAUCGCAGCGGUGUCCCAGCUCCUUGGUCAGCUGGAAAAUCCUGGCGGCACAGAGCACCGGCAGCCUGACACGGCGACCCCUCCCGUUGACCUUGGUGUGACGGUCCUUCGUUGACCGCUUCUUGGCCGGCUUCGUCGCGGGCUGCACCUCGCCGGCGUCGUCACCGUUGGUGGUGGUAGUCAAAGAGGUAAUCGGAGCAGCGGGAGCAGGGGAGUCAACGAUUUGGGUGUUCUGGGGUUGGGAAUCCACCGGAGCAAAAUCAAGGAGAAUGAUCUCUGAACCCAUCGUCGGUAACAAGUCCUGCGGUAAAAAAAUGAAAAAUAUUAAUGACUGAAGAAGUAAAAAAAAAUAAAAAUGAAGCAAGAGUAGUGGUGGUGGAGGGUGGUGGUGGACCUGGGCGGUGAGAACUGAAGACUUGAGACUGGAGAAGGAGGAUUCUGAUGACCCCACCUGAGAAAGGUUGAUGGCUUUUUAUAAGCAAAAAAUCAGUGGAUUUUUGGAUGCUAAGUUGGACGGUCGGAUGAUAAAAGCAGACUCGGAUCGAGCGGACCAGAUGAGUUUAGGGUGUGUCUGAUAAAUGUGAUAUAUCUCUCUGUUCAUCCUCGGGUACGGUGCGCGUGUGUAUUGGGCCCACAGUUUUCAUGGCUCCAUUUCAGUAAUCUAGUUGUGGGCCUCUUCUAUUCUAAAAGUGGGUCCAUGAGAAGAAUCAUUGUCUUUAUCCGUCAAUUGCGGGUCCUACUUUUUACGUCUUCUCACGCACAGUCACACACACACACACACUUAACUGACUCACUCACUCAAGGUGUGCUGUGUGUUUACAGUUUUUGGUGACCUGAGAGAGAGAGAGAGAGGGGGGCUCUGCAAUUGCAUAAAUGCCUCUCCUCAACUCAAAAAGACUUUUCCAGCACUAGUCUUCUUCCAUCACAUAGCCAUGCUGUUUUUCUUCACGAAUUUAUAAAAUCUAAUCAAUUUGGUGAGAGGGAUUCUUCACGAAUUUAAGAAAUGGCAGAGAGCAUCAGUUCAAUGUGUGUUCAAAAAAGGGCCAGGUCCGAUGUGAGCAUUCCCCGUCUUCCAAGUCCAACCCAAACCCUAACCCGAACCUGUACGGCAUCUAUUUCGAGAUUCCUUUCUAUCCCCCCAACUUUGACUGCCCACUCCAACUCUAUUCUCAUUCCCAAACUGGCAUUUCCACCUACUCUAACUUUUUUACAGUUUCUUUUGAUUGAUUGUAUCCAAACUUCUUUUAGUAGUACUAGACUACUAGUAGAGCUGGCUUGCAUAAAAAAAAAAAAAAAAGCUCUGUGAGUUUCAGAUAAUUCAGUAAUGGUGGGAGUCAAAGUCAAUCGCUGUGGUCUGUUGUUGCACGUGUAAAACUGGUGUAAAAUAAAACUGCAACCCACUUGCAAACAAUUUAUUUAAGUACUUGGGGUUGGGAGUUGGGAGCUCCAUCUGCAAUGUGUCGCUGGAUACGCUCAACCCUCAAACGAGACUUGAGAUGCUGAAGCACAUUGAUUUGGCAAACAUUGAAACAAGUAUUGAUGCUUCAUGAAGUUGCUCCAGCACUUGCUCAUAUCCGAGCUACUUCUGUGGCUCGCUAUCUUAGUUCUUCAAUUCAUAUCCAGGAGAAACCCGAUGAAAAUCCGUCCUUUCAGUUGGUGAAAGAUGGGGGUGCAUUGCAGGUAGCUUUAGAUCGGAAGCUUGUGGGUGCUGCAUCAUACUCGAUUGAAGAAAAUGAGUCUCGGGAUCCACAUCAGUUCAAUAGCGACUCCAAAGUGCAACUUCUUCAGUUGCCUGGUUUAUGGUAUUUAUCUCAGUCCACAGAGAUAAAGCAUUCUGUUUCAAGGAAGAGUGACAAUUCUACCGAUGUUAAUCCAGAAAACGUAGUUGCUCUUGCCAGAGAGGCUCUAUCCGCAUCGAUUGAAGCCGCCUCACUAUCUGAACACUGCAAACUAUUUGACUCCAGUACUGACGCCUCUCUCAGUUCAAAUUUGCUGUCCACAAGUCUGACUGAUAUUCAACUGGAAGAAGGAAAAAAGGUGAGCUCAACACGUCUACGGCAAAGGCGAUCCAUAAAGAGGAGGGCGCCAAAGCAUAACAUUGAUGUUGAGGACAUGAAACCUCUUGCAAGGCCAAAUUUACGCAGAAAAGUUAAUGAAAUAUUUGAUCAUAAUGAUCCUUUGCGGCCUUUCUUAUCGGGUCCAGACACAAAACUUUUGACGUUAACUGAGGAAUCUGAUUUGAUUGUCAAGAUACAGGACUUCAGAAAAUUAGUUGAAGUGAAGUGUAGGCUUCAAAAUCAAUUUGAGCGCGAACCAACUUUAGUUGAAUGGGCUGAUGCUGUUGGCAUCAGUUGUCGAGUUUUGCGGACACAACUUCACUCUGGGAGGAGGAGCAGGGAAAAGUUGAUUCAUGCCAACUAUCGAAUGGUUGUACACAUUGCUAAGCAGUAUCAAGGGCGUGGUCUUAGCCUUCAGGAUAUGUUGCAGGAGGGUAGCAUGGGUCUUAUGAAGAGCAUUGAGAAAUUCAAACCGCAGGCUGGUUGUCGAUUUGCAACCUAUGCAUACUGGUGGAUAAGGCAAGCUGUUAGGAAGGCCAUAUUUCAUCAUUCUAGGACAAUCCGGUUGCCAGACAACGUGUAUGGGUUACUUUCAAAGAUUAAGGAAGCUAAGAGACAGUGCAUUCAAAAAGGUAUUCGUUAUCCUAGUAAAGAAGAUGUUGCUUCGGAGGCUGGGAUUACAGUUGAGAAAUUAGAAAGUUUGCUACUUACUGCAAGAAUGCCCGUCUCUAUGCAACAGACUGUGUGGACAGAUCAAAAGACGACCUUUCAGGAAGUCACUGCUGAUAUGUCAAUGGAGGCCCCAGAACUGAGUGUUUCAAAGCACCUCAUGAGGUUCCAUAUGCGCAAGCUCCUUAGUAUUCUUAAUCCUAAAGAAAGAAAGAUCAUCAGGCUGAGAUUUGGCAUCGAGGAUGGUGUACAGAAAUCUUUAUCUGAGAUUGGUACUGUGUUUGGACUGUCAAAGGAGAGAGUUCGGCAGCUGGAGAGUCGAGCUCUUUACAAGCUUAAGCAGCAGUGUCUUAAUAGCCAAGGGCUUAAAGCUUAUGAAAAUUUUCUCUUUUAG